UUUCUGCACCCAGUGCAAAUACAUUUCCUUUUUGGGUCAGUUUCAGGUGGAACUUUGUUUAAACAGGAAGGAUUUGACCUCAAACUUACUGAGUUGCACUGCAGUUAGUUAGUUUUUACUCUGACAACAUGUGUACUGGAAAAUGUUCCCGUUGUAUUGCUGUUACUCUGUACCCAUUAGCACUUAUAUCCAUCAUCUGUAACAUCGUGUUGUUCUUUCCUGGCGGGGAUGUCAAGUAUGCCAAUGAUGGACACAUUACUGAGGAGGUGAAAUACAUGGGGGGACUCGUUGGAGGGGGUGUAAUGGUGUUGAUCCCAGCACUUUACAUCCACUUGACUGGAAAAGAGGGGUGCUGUGGAAAUCGCUGUGGGAUGUUCUUAUCAAUUGCAUUCGCUGCAUUGGGCGUGGCUGGUGCCCUGUACAGUUUAAUUGUGGCAGUGCUCGGUUUGCAGAAUGGGCCUCUCUGCAAAGUUCUUCUGAUUUGGUCGACACCUUUUAAACACAGUGACCCGAGCUACCUGACUGACGAUACAUGGUGGGGAACAUGCACGGAGCCUAAGAACAUUGUGCAGUUCAACAUUGGAUUGUUUGCGACUCUGUUGGCCACAAGCUGUCUGCAGCUGGUUCUCUGUGCCACUCAGAUGAUCAACGGGCUCUUUGGCUGCCUGUGUGGAACCUGCGCCAACAAAGGGCCGCUGUGAGUUCCUGACAGAUGAUUGGCGCCCCCUGCUGGAAGACAGGGGGUAGUGUUCCUGCUGCAUCUGCAUAAAUAUUCACUUUGAAAUUGUAGAUUUUUAUACUUUGUGUGCGUUUCAUGAUGCUUAAUGCUGCAUUAUAAUAACACACAGACCUCUGAAAUGUCUGCAAUGUAUUAAGGUAAUGUUGUGAAGAUGGCACAGUAUUGGAAAUAAUUUGUGUUAAGUAUAUGGUUAAUUUGAAAUAAAUUGGUUUUAAAUAUAAGCUGCUCAUCCA